AAUUUUGGCACAAAGGCAACUUUUUUAUUUUUUAAGUCUACCAAACGACAGCGUUUUUACUUCAGAUGCAAAGCCAUUUGUCUUUUCCACGGAAGAAACGGCGCCAUUCUCACAGCUUCACUCAUUGCGGUUGGGACUAUUAAAAAGAAAAAAUGUCGUUGAAGUUUCUCUCCAUGUCUCUUCCUCUUCAAAUUACCGUUAAUAAUUCAGCGAGCGAGACUGGAGCAAGUUAUAAAUGGACACAGCCUGCUUUUGCAAAAUUCCCGACAUGUCCCUCAAAAACCAAGUAUUUAUCUUCACGGAUGUAUUUGAGCACUGCAAAUAGUGGAUUUACAGACGGGAUUAUCGGAGACGAAGAUGGACUGAUCAUUGUUGACCAUGGCUCGCGUCGUAAGGAAUCAAACCUCAUGCUAAAUGAGUUUGUUAACAUGUUUAGAGACAGAACGGGAUACCCAAUUGUUGAGCCAGCUCAUAUGGAGCUUGCGGAACCCUCAAUAAAAGAUGCAUUUGGUUUAUGUGUUCAACAAGGGGCAAAUCGGGUGAUUGUAAGCCCAUUCUUUCUCUUUCCUGGGCGGCACUGGCAUCAGGAUAUUCCUUCCUUGACUGCUGAGGCUGCUAAGGAGCACCCUGGUGUGUCUUAUAUUGUAACUGCACCGCUUGGCUUGCACGAACUACUUGUGGAUGUUUUGAAUGACAGGAUUGAACACUGCUUAAGCCAUGUAGCAGGAGAUGCAGAUGAAUGUGCAGCAUGUGUUGGAACAGGCAAAUGCAAGCUUUAUUAGUCUAUGCAGCUGCAAGUCAAACUGUUCUUCAGGAUGGCUUUUGCUGUUCUCAGUGUGAAAGGUGGGAGAUGUCUGAAAAUUGAAUGCAUGAAAAUGAGUUUUAAUUUGAGAAGUGGCAUGACCUUUGGGAGGAAACCAUGUACAUAUGUGUUUUUUUUCAGCAUCAUAUGAAACUAUAGUUCUGGUGUAAUGUAGAUUCCUUUUGCGAAUCUAUAGUUCUUGAGUAGGCAUAUUCUGGCAUUCUCUGUAGCUCAAUAACUCAUAAGAAAUUUUGAGUACUUUUCCAGUUGCUGUGUAACUGAGUAUUCUGAGACCUUGUGAGGCUCUUGGUUUUCAUUUUCUGCAACGAUAUGCAGUGCUGUCAUGGUGAGAAACUGACAUUUUAUGAAAUAUACAAAUAGUAUUUUACAUUCA